CACAGCAUCUGCUCUCUCCUCUUCUCUCAUUGGAUCCUUGCCUGAAACUUUGGAAACCAGUCUCUGUGUGUCUUGCAGUUUCAGGCAUCAGCACAGAUGUUUUCAGUUUGACCUCCUCCUCCGUCUGGUCUGGAUGCCCCCACCCAUUGGUACCUGAGGAGAAGGGGAGGAUGGACACAGACACGAUGGACAUACACCCAGUGGUAUGAGUUUUUACAGACAAACUGUAGGUGAUAUUUAGCAAUGCAGCAGAGAGGAGGAAGAAAGAUCACCUCAUCUCUUCAUCAAACCCUGCAUGAAGCAUGCCAACCCAAACCUGGUCUCCACUGCAUUCUUGCUCAGUCCUUAACUGAAGUCUUCAGAAGAUGCUGAGGAAGAUGGUGACAAUGAGGAGGAUCCUCCAUGUGAAGGGAGAUGUGAUGUGCACCAUGCUGCUCCUGGUGCUAUUCUGUCUGCUGCUCUAUGCCCGCCAGGUGGUGCUCUCCUCUGGGUGGGACAGGCCUGUCUGGAAGCUGGAAGUCCAUGGCUCUACCAGCUCCAGCAGGAACUUGCUGGGCGCCAGCGGGGCCAAAGUAGGCCAGGAGUCUCCAGGGCAGAUCCCAUCCCGCCCUUCAGAGCCACAGCUGCCUCCUUGCAAGCCCCAAUCCAAGUCCAAACCUCCUCAGCCAAAGUCCAAACCUCAGGUCAAAUCUAAGGGGAAAUCCAAGACGCGGCGGAAAAAUGCUGUGCCGACUAAGACCGCUGGCAAGCCCCUGCCCACGAUGCCACCAUUUGACUUUGAGGGCUAUCUGAGAGAAAAGGACAACAGGAACUUUAAGCUGCUCAUAGACCAGCCAGAGAAAUGUCACCUCGGAGGAGCAGAGGAAGAACAAGAAAGAGGAAGUGAAGGGUCUACUACUGCUCCUUACAUGCUGAUUGCGGUGAAAUCUAUCCCUGCAGAUUUUGAUAAACGUCAGGUGGUACGUCGGACCUGGGGUAAAGAAGGACUCAUUAAAAAUGGUGUGUCCAUCCGUACCGUUUUCCUGCUGGGGGUUCCCAGGAAUCGGACUGCUCUGCCUCUGUGGGAUCGUCUCUUGACCUAUGAGAGUCAAACCUUUAGGGAUAUCCUGCUCUGGGACUUUGAAGACACCUUCUUCAACCUGACGCUGAAGGAAACACAUUUUCUGAAAUGGGUUAACAGCAGCUGUCCUCGUGUCAAAUUCAUCUUCAAGGGUGAUGCCGAUGUGUAUGUUAAUGUGGAGAAUAUACUAGAGAUGCUGCAAGGCCAAAAGCCAGACACGGAUCUGUUUGUUGGUGAUAUUAUUAUCCAUGCUAAACCCAUUCGCCGGCGCAGUUCCAAAUACUAUGUGCCAGAGUUUCUUUACGGAGGGGGUUUGUACCCGAAUUACGCUGGGGGAGGAGGGUUUGUCAUGUCGGGACAUACGGCUCGCAGACUUAGCUCUGCCUGUCAACAGGUGGAGUUGUUCCCCAUUGAUGAUGUCUUCCUGGGCAUGUGCCUCCAGCUGAUCGGCGUCAAACCAGCACGCCACCAGGGCUUUCGGACCUUCGGGAUUCCCCGACCGUCGGCAGCACCCCACCUUCAGACGUUUGACCCCUGUUUUUACAGGGAACUCAUGGUGGUUCACAGGCUCAGUGUUCCUCAGAUCUGGCUUAUGUGGAACCUCCUGCAUGACCCCAAACUGAGCUGCCACAACAGGACCAGCCCGACAUCCUGGCCCUUUAAGUGGAAGGAUAAGAUGGGAGAAGAGACGGAUUACGGUGAGAAGCAGGUGUUUGUCACGCAUUAGUGACUCCCCACAGGGCCCAGUGGGAUCUGCAAGAGCCCUAGCGAGGAUAUAAUGGUUAUAAAGCAGGAUCUGUGGAUCUUGAAGGGCUUGCGAUGUGUUCAAAAGCACAGUCGAGUCAUAUGAGACUUUUUUCCAAGCUGGCAGAUCAUCUCUGGGGGAAAUGAAUUGGCAAAGGCCUAAUGUGCUUCAGAUUUUUCGGUAAGGAAGCCCAGACAGAAUUUAGGGUGUAGCCAUCCAAGCCUGUCUGUGUGUUCAUACAGUGCAGCAAGACUUUGAUUUCCAAAGAAGAU